AUGGCACGAGAGGCGUUGCUGUUAUAUAUCAGAAAACGGACUGCCCACAUUCUCCAAUCGAAAGCCCACAAGCAUCCGAUUAACUCAACGAAAUCGACUCACAAUGCAAUUCCGCACUGCUCUUGUUCCUCUCGCUCUCACAGCCCUUGCUGCCGCCACAACGACAGUCACGGUCACCACUCCUUCUCCUCCGCUUCCGACCCCGAUGGACCCCAAUCAAUGCGAAACUGGUCCCAUUCAGUGCUGCAACUCAGUUCAGGCCCGAACGCGCCGGGUGGUCUCUUGGGCCUUCCGAUUCUUGGCCCGCUCCUCGGCAUCCUUGGCUUGGUUAUCAAUCCCAUCAAUGCAAUAGUUGGCGUCACUUGUAGCCCAAUUGACGUGAUUGGAAUUGGAGGCAAUUCUUGCAGCGCUCAGCCCGUCUGCUGCCAGAACAACAGCUUUAACGGGAUCAUCGCCAUUGGCUGCACCCCCGUCAACCUCAAUCUUUAA